AUGGAGAAUCAGAACAAUGUGACUGAAUUCAUUCUUUUGGGUCUUACGAAGAACCCAGAACUGCGGAAAAUAUUCUCUGCUGUCUUUCUCCUCAUGUAUGUGGCCACUGUGUUUGGGAACCUACUCAUUGUGGUAACCCUGACUACAAGUCAGAGUCUGAGGUCCCCUAUGUACUUUUUCCUUACUUCCUUAUCCCUCAUGGACGCCACCUACUCUUCUGUCAUUGCUCCCAAGAUGAUUGCGGAUUCCCUCUCUGAGAGAACUACCAUCUCUCUGGAAGGCUGCAUGACUCAGCUCUUUGCAGAACAUUUCUUUGGCGGAGUGGGGAUUAUUCUUCUCAUUGUGAUGGCCUAUGACCGCUACGUGGCCAUCUGUAAGCCCCUCCACUACAUGACCAUCAUGAGUCCACGAGUGUGCUGUCUGCUGCUGGGAGGAGCCUGGGUUGGAGGGUCCAUGCAUGCAACAAUACAGCUUCUCUUUAUGUACCAACUACCCUUCUGUGGUCCCAACGUCAUUGAUCAUUUUAUGUGUGAUUUAUUUCCACUGUUAAAAUUAGCCUGCAUGGAUACUCAGGUGCUAGGGCUCUUGGUCAUCCUCAACAGUGGAGUAAUGUGCGUGACCAUCUUCCUUAUUCUCCUCGUUUCCUACACAGUCAUCCUCUGCUCCCUGAAGUCUUGCAGCUCUGAAGGGCGGCGCAAAGCACUCUCCACCUGCAGCUCCCACUUAAUGGUGGUUGUGUUGUUCUUUGUUCCAUGCAUUUUCUUGUACGUGAGACCCGUGGCCACCUACCCCAUAGACAAGGCAAUGGCUGUGUCCUUUACCAUCAUUGCUCCCAUGUUAAAUCCUGUGAUUUACACCCUGAGGAACGCAGAGGUGAAGAAUGCCAUGAAGAAACUCUGGAGGAGACAACAAACUCUGCGUGCCAGAUAA